AUGAAAGGAAUCAUGCCUUGUGAUCAAGAAUCGUCCUCCUUUUAUAGCUCCGAAGUAGAUCGCAACCUCCUCCGCGUAUCUCGUCCACGUGCAACUACCGAUCCCGCUAUUUCCGGAUCUGAACAGUCGAAGCGAGAUUCUCGUUUGACUCGUUCAAACUCAGCUUGUGGACUUGACUCCGUCGAGCUAGAGCUCGACUUCGUCUUCACAAGUAGCUCGGACAGUAAACAGCUGGAUUUGGACAAGGAUACUUGGUGGGCUCGAGGUCACUUUACUGGGCUGAGUGGACUUAUCUUGAUCUUAGGACUUAGGUGA